AUGGCCAUUGGUGUCACAACGUUGUCCCAAGAGGACAUGACUGCAUCAUCUACAAGGGUUGUGGUCGAUGUUGCAACAUCAACAGCUCAAUGCAUCGCAAUGGCUCGAUUGAUUGGAAACAAUGAACAUAUAUCUGAUGCGGCUAAUAACGCGUUUGGGCUCCCAGUUGGCGAGAGUCUCGUUACCGGACUAUCUUCAUUAACCGAUCAGGCUGCAGUUUGCUAUCAACUCCUAGGAGAGUCACCAGAGGACGGUGAUAAAUAUUUCUCCGGCAUAAAAUUUACAUGGCUAAGAUCCAAAAUUUGUCGACUAUCAGCGACCGCCAGUGAAGGUGAGUUGAUGUGCGCUGCUCGAGCGUACAUCAUGCAUAUGAUAGGGGCACUACUCAUGCCUGAUGCAAACGGCGACAGUGUCCAUUUGUCGUACUUGCCUCUGCUUGCUGAUUUGUCCACAGCUAGGUCGUAUAGUUGGGGUUCGGCCGUUCUAGCAACGUUGUACAAGGAGCUUUGUCGGGCGACAGCGCCGCAAGUUAAGGACAUCGGCGGAUGCCUCAUACUGCUGCAGUCAUGGGCCCUUUAUCGGAUGCCAUUUUUGGCACGUGUUAGUCACCAACCCUAUCUAUAUCCACUGCCACUCAGGUGGACGACCCGUCCAGGAAUCGGGAAGUCAAGUGAUGUCCCCAUAUACCGCAUGAGGAUUGAACAGCAUGCCCGGGAAGGGUUUAUAUGGAUGCCGUAUCGGAGGCUGAAAAUUGCAAAUGUUGUACCCCCGUCCGCACUCGUUGAUUCCCACAAAUGGUGCACAAACACACCAAUUAUAAAUUUCAACAUCGUCGAGUGGUAUCACGGCGAUCGGGUGCUUCGGCAGUUCGGCUGCAUCCAACCUAUCCCGGAUCCGCCGUGCCAGUUGGGGGAAGAUCACGGCUUGACAAAGAGAGGAAGGGUUCAAUUGGACUGGGGAAUAUAUCACCGGAAAUACGUCGCACUAUGGUACGAUUGA